AUGGAUGGUUACGCUGUUAAAAGGAGUGACGGCAAAGGAAUACGUGUUGUGAAGAAUGUCGCAACUGCAGGAGAUAAGCCAAUCAAAGAAGUUCUACAGUCAGGCGAAGCGAUAAGAAUAUCGAUGGGAGAUCCAAUUCCUGCGGAAGCAGACGCAGUGGUACCAUUGGAAGAUACAUCAGUAGUUGAAUAUUCGAUUGAUGGUUCUGAAGUAAUUAAGGUGAAAAUCAAAAGAGAACCCAACUACAAUGAAAACAUAAGAGGAAUCGGAAGCGACGUAAACGAGAAAUCUUUGGUUUUACAAAAAGGCGUACGUAUCAAACAUUUCUCUUUAGGAGUUUUAGCCAUGUUAGGAAAAACAAAUAUUUUGGUUUAUAAACGCCCUUCUAUAGGAGUCAUAUCAAUUGGCAAUAUUUGUGAACCUAAAGAAGAACUAGCCACUGGCAAAAUCAAAGAUGCAAAUAAAUGCACCUUAAUUAAUUUGCUUAAAAAUGUCCAUUAUGAAGCAAACGAUUGUGGCAUAGCUAAAGACAAUCCUGAUGCAAUAAAGCAAGCUCUUGAACAAAGUUUUACUUGUAACAAUGUUAUUAUAACGAACAGUUCAAUGGGAGAAUUGGACAUGUUGAAACGGGUCCUCGUUGAGGAUUUUCAAGCUACUAUACAUUUUUGCAGGAUAAAGAUGAAACCCGGAAAAUACACGACCUUUGCGACACUUAUGUAUAAUGAAACAUGGAAAAUAGUGUUUGGCCUAACGGGUAAUCAAUCUUCAUGUGCAAUAACUUGUAUAUUAUUCGUUAUUCGUGCUCUACGCUUAAUUGAAAAAUUUCCCUUCGAACGUUUUGUACAUAUUUCUAUACCACCAAAUUCAUUUAAUAUAUUACCAUUUAAUUAUGAUUGUCGAGAGUAUCGACUAGUUAAAGUAAAUAGGACUUUGACUGGAAUGACGACUGCAAAGGAAGUACCAGGCGUAUUAAGUAAUUUAGAUAAAGCAAACGGUUUACUUAUACUUGAGCCAAAGAAAGAUUACUCAAUUAAAGAUUCAAAUGGAGACUAUCGCAAUCUUUACAGUGUAAUAUUAUUUCAUGAGAAUUAUUAUCAGUGA